AUGUCCAGUGAAUCAGAUUCCAGCAAUGAUGAUGAAGAAGUACACAUGCUUCAAUUCACCUCUCAUCCUGAAGAAGAAUCCUCUAACAUUAAACUCAGUAAUGUUAUUGGCGAAGAAGUCCAGUUUACGAACGAACAGCUCAUUCAGUUCGCUAAACUCCAGAAAUUGAAAACAGAAGAUCUAUACAAUACUUCUAAGUUCAAAAAAUUUUCCAAAAGAAUUAUUGAACAAUUCAGCGGCAAUACCACUAUCGAUUAUCUCUCAAAUGGUAUAUCUUCUUUCAACAUCCUCAACAAGGACAAAGUUGACCGAUGGAGGACCCAACAUCCUCUUGCCCGUUAUAUUCAUAUAGGAAUGGUUCAAAUCAAGAUCACUUCCCUAUUUCGCAAAGGAACUGAUCAACCCAUUCUUGUUCUUGUUAUGGAUUACCGAUUCCAUAACCCAAUUGACGCUUUAAUCGGCGGAGUUCAAUCCAAUCUUGUUAACAAUGUUAUUUGGUUCAAACUCACCCCAAAUUACUUUGUCUCCAUCACUGAUCCAAACAUUGAAAAAGUUUUGAAAGUCAAACUCAAACUUUCCAAUCUUCAGAUGGAUCAUGACUUUCCAGGUUUAGGAAUCCAGUGGAAAGUUCUUUAUGAGCUUACCCGUGAACCUGAAACCUCUACAAGACCAGUUGACCCCAAAAUGGUCACCCUGUUCGAGCUAUGGCCCUUCGAUUCAAUAAUUGAACCAAAAUUAUUGAAAUGGACAGAUUUCGAAAUACCACGAAAUUGGUUAUUCGAAGGCAUUAAUGAAGAAAAGAAACUGCGAAUAAAGGAACCAACCGUUACCACUAUUCAAGCCUCUGGUUCAAAUCUCUAUAUCACAAAUAUAGGAAACCCCAGCUUCUAA